CCCACGCCUGCGCGCAGCGCCCACCCGCCAUGGCGGCGCCGGGGGAGGGCUGCGCCGAGCCGGGCCCGGGCAGGGCCCCGCGCCUGCGGGACACCCCGGAGGACAUCUGCUUCGAGGCGGCGGCCAACGCCAUCGCCCUGCACCCGGCCCGGCCGCUGCUGGCGGCGGGGGACGUGGACGGCGACGUUUACCUGUACUCGUACUCCUGCACCGAGGGGGAGAACCGGCAGCUUUGGUCCUCGGGCCAUCACCUCAAGUCGUGCCGGGACGUCGCCUUCUCCCAGGACGGGCAGAAGCUCUUCACCGUCUCCAAGGACAAGGCUGUCCACGUUCUGACGGUGGAGGAGGGACGGCUGGAGACGCGCUUCCCCAAAGCCCACAGCUCGGCCCUCAACUGCGUGCUGCCCAUCAACCCGCACCUCUUUGCCACGGGGGACGAUGCUGGGGCGCUGAAGCUGUGGGACCUGCGCAGGAGGGAAGCCGUCCUGGAGGCCCGUCAGCAGGAGGAGUACAUCAGCGCCAUGGCCGUGGACGGGAACGGGAAGAUCCUGCUGACCGCCAGCGGCGACGGCACCUUGGGCGUCUUCAACGUGAAGAGGCGACGCUUUGAGCUGCUCUCGGAGCCGCAGAACGGGGACCUGACGUCUGUGGUGCUGCUGAAGAGGGGGAGGAAGGUGGCGUGUGGCUCCAGCGAAGGCACCAUCUACCUCUUCAACUGGGAUGGGUUUGGGGCCGCCAGCGACCGCUUCGCUCUGCGGGCAGAGUCUGUUGACUGCAUGGUGCCCAUCACGGACAGCAUCGUGUGCGUGGGGUCCCUGGAUGGAGUCAUCAGGGCCGUGAACAUCCUGCCCAACCGGGUGCUGGGCUGCGUGGGGCAGCACCUGGGGGAGCCCAUCGAGCAGCUGGCGGUGGCCCCAGGCGGGCAGCUCCUGGCCAGCUGUGCCCACGACCAGAAGGUGAAGUUCUGGGACAUCUCCAGCCUGCGGGGGCUGGUGGUGGAUGACUACAGGAAGAAGAAGAAGAAGGGGGGGCCGCUGCGGGCCCUCAGCAGCAAGGCGCUAGGCAGCGGGGAGGACUUCUUCGCCGACCUGCGGGAUGAGGCUGAGCCAGAGGUGGCAGCAGGGAGCGACGGUGACAGCGACAGCGACAGUGACUGAGGGGCUGGGACCGGGCGGGGGCACCGCUGGCGGUGCUGCCCCCCCCUCUGCACCGGGGGGAACUGGGGCUGUUGUGGCUGAGGGUUCUGGUA